ACAGCUUUACAUAAAUAUUGAAAUUAAUAUCAAGAAAAAUUAUAUCACCUUUAACGUAAACAUAUUUUAAUAACAAGAAUGUAGAAUGUGAUUCAAGUGUUCAAUUUAAUCGUUUAUAAAACAGUAACAAUAUUAGCUAUGUUUUAAAUUUCAAAUUGACUAUCGACUGCAACAUGUACACCAACCUAUGUUGCUUUUCUUACAUUGGCUAUCUGAUUGUAAUGUGUGUUUAGUUAAUUCUUUCAAUACAACUAUCUCCAAUGACAAUCGUUUUCGUGGAUAAUGUUCGAUUACCAAGAACGACAUGUCUUAGUCAGGUUAGAAAAUGAUUAUAACUUUAGACAAUUUGCGUGUGUGUCAAAUUUCGUACGGAUGUAAAAAAUUAAAAUAUAUGCGCGUUCUCGCGUUACACUAUUAAUAAAAAUUAAUAAGACAAAACAUCAAAAUUCAAAUGCCUUUCAUAUCGAGGAAUUGUCCUCACGUCGCCAAUCGUGGUGAUCUCGCAUUUAUCGAGACCAUUGUGUCUCAAAAGGAAGGAUUUAAAAAAUGUAGUGAGUGUAAUAUAGACGGGCCUAAUUUAUGGUUAUGCUUGUUUCCUGACUGCCGUUGGGUCGGAUGUGCUGAAACGCACCUAGACCAUAGUACUGUACACAACCAAAAAUUUCCUACUCAUUGUGCUCAUAUGAACCUUUCUACAAACCGUAUAUGGUGUUACGCUUGUAAAAGAGAAGUUAUAACUACACCGUGUGGAUGCACACCUACACAGAUGGAUAUAAAGACACAGAAUAAUAAAUUUUCUGGUGACGGUCUUGGUAAUGUUGACUGUAAAUCUGAGGACAUCAACAGACUCAUAUUGGAUAAAUUUUAUGGCGAACUCAUGAACAGAGUUAAUUAUGAAAAAGAUGGUAUGUUUCACGAGAAGUCUGGUGAUUCUCCAGACAGUACUGAUUCAGAUGAAAGUAAAGACAUCUCUGGGAAACCAAGAGGGCUUGUUGGCCUUCAGAACAUUGGUAAUACGUGUUAUAUGAAUGCUGCAUUGCAAGCUUUAGCUAAUGUACCUCCGUUGACUCAGUUCUUUUUGGAUUGUGGUCAUAUGGUUAGCUAUAUGUCCAAAGAUAGAAAACCCGGUCUAAGCUUAAGCUACCUAAACCUUAUACGAGAUAUGUGGAAUAGGAAAACCAGAGGAUAUGUUGUACCACAUGGAAUAUUGACUGGUAUUCUAACAGUUCAUCCAAUGUUCAGAGGAUAUCAUCAACAUGACACUCAAGAAUUUUUAAGGUGUUUUAUGGAUCAGUUGCAUGAAGAAUUAAAAGAACAGAUAGAAGAUGAUCGUGAUAACGCAUUAAGAUUAAAAGGACUUGGAGAACAGUCGUCAGAUGAAGAUGAGACUGAAAUUGAUGGAAAUGGUUCUAGCCAGUCUGAUGCUGAAUAUGAAACAUGUGAUUCUGGAGUAAGUGAACAGAGUUCCCUUAGUGACGAAGGUGAACGUGGUACAAAGAGAAGAUACUCCCGAGUGUCUCAAUCAGAAAAAUUAAGAAGUAAAUUUACAAACAGAAGUAUCAAAAAAUCAUCUGUAGAUCAACCUUUUUCUCAACCGCAGAGGUCAACCCAAAACUCACCUGUUAAAUAUAGAACGAAGAAACAAAUGAAAACUCGAAGUAUCAUUAGCGAUAUAUUCGAUGGUAAACUUUUAAGUAGCGUGCAAUGUUUAACUUGUGAUAGAAUUUCAACGAGAGUAGAAACUUUCCAAGAUUUAUCAUUACCCAUUCCAAGUCGAGACCACAUUGAUAUGUUACAUCAAGGGUCUCUUACUCCGCAAAAGGCAGGACCGUGUUCAGAUGUUGUAUAUGUAAACAAUCAAUCUGGUUGGUUGUCUUGGUUCUUGCAAUGGAUGCGGUCUUGGUUCUGGGGUCCAGUUAUCAGUCUUCAUGACUGCCUUUCUGCAUUUUUUAGUGCAGAUGAACUUAAGGGAGAUAAUAUGUACAGUUGUGAAAAAUGUAACAAACUCCGAAAUGGAAUAAAAUUUUCUAAAGUUCUGGAGUUGCCAGAGAUACUAUGUGUCCAUUUGAAAAGAUUUCGUCAUGAAUUAAUGUUUAGUUCGAAAAUAGCAAAUUACGUUUCGUUUCCGUUAGAAGGAUUAGAUAUGCGACCGUAUCUACACAAAGAAUGUGCAUCUAAAGUAACUAUGUAUGAUUUAAUAUCAGUUAUCUGUCAUCAUGGGACUGCUGGUGGUGGUCAUUAUACCUGUUAUGCGUUAAAUCCUAUUGUUAAUAAAUGGUUUGAGUUCGAUGAUCAAUGCGUUACAGAAGUCUCACCAGAAACUGUGAAGAAUUGUGAGGCUUAUGUAUUGUUUUACAAAAAGUGGUCACCAGAAAUGUUGCAGUUACGUGAUAAAACUAUGGAAUUGAUGGAAAUAUCGUUUAGAGAAUUGUCUGAUUUAAAUUUCUUUGUAUCGCGACAAUGGAUAAACCGUUUUAACACUUUUUCGGAACCAGGACCCAUAGACAACUCUGACUUCCUUUGUCCACAUGGCGGUGUUAAUCCUGUUAGAGCACAAUUUGUAGAUAAGCUUAGUAUGCCCAUUCCACAAGCAGUUUGGGAAUAUUUAUAUAAUACAUUUGGAGGUGGUCCAGCAUGUACGCAUUUAUACGAAUGUCCAAUCUGCGAAGAAAAAUAUGAAUCUUUACAAAAAAGGAGAAUGUAUGAAAUGGAAGUAUUUCAACGAUUAACGCAUAAUACCGAUAAUCCUACUGCUAUUUAUGGAUUAGCUAUGGCAUGGUUACGACAAUGGCAGAGUUUUGUACGAGGUAAAGAAACACAGCCGCCUGGACCUAUUGAUAAUAAUUCUAUUAUAGUGAAUAAAAAUGGUCAGAAUGUCCUUAAAGUUGGUUCAGAUUAUGGACAAAUACCAGAAGAACUUUGGCAAUUUUUCUUGUCAACAUACGAUGGAGGACCUGAAUUAAUGUUGCAUUCAUGUCAGAGACCUGUUUCUGCUCAAUCUACCGUUUCAUCACAUUCCACUUCAAAUUCAAAUUUAGAUCAGAAUUUUAAAUCCAGUCGCACAGAAAUUAAAUCCAACAAACUGUGCAUGACCAGGAGUUCUGAAACGAUAUCACAACAAGACAGUGCUAUCGAAAGUUUAACUUCAGAUAGUGAUUCUCACCAAACACAGAGAGAUGUUAGUGAGUAAAGUAAUUGCUUUGAUUUGCUCUAGCUGUGUAUACAAAUUAAUAUUUCUAUAUGAACAUUAAAGUUACAAUUAUAUUUAAAAAACAUCAAUUUUUAACUGUCAAGUUCUAUCUGUGUUAUAAAUUAUCACUAAAUUUGUAAGACAUAUAUCUUCUCUGAUAAAAUCACUUGCAUUGUACUAUUAUUGUACAAUUAGUAAAAAUAUUUAUUCAAUGUUGCAAAGCAUUGUACAAAAAGUUUUAAAUAAUUCCUGUAUAUCUUGUAACAUUCACUUGAUGUGUUUUUUGUUUAUCACUAUCCGCAGUUUAACUGUAAAUUUCUGGGUGUUACGUGUAUUUGGUGGGCAAUCAGUUAGUACAAAAUUUGGUAUCGACAACUGUAUUAUUUAAAGAUAAAAUAUUUAAUUGUAUUCUUAGUCUGAACUCGGCUACAUAAUUCAUUUUCCGACAUUUCUAUUAAAUUCAACAUUUUUCUGGCUUCUGUAUUUAUUACAAUGUUUGUGUGUCAUUCCUGCAUAUAGAAGAUGCAAAACUCUGUCAAAAAUUACAUACUUUCUAAUUUACAUGUGUUUAUUUGAGAAAUGAGACACAUAUAUAUAUAUAUGCCUCAUUUCUUACAUAUAUAUAUAUGUAUGUAUAAUAUAUAUAAGUGGAAGACUGAAAAGUAAAUCACUUUGAUUUAGCAAAAAGUUUUAGUUGAUGCUGGUAAAACGUACUAUGUACGAUGAAAACUAUAAUAAAACAUUAUAGAACGGUAGUAAUACAGUUAAGCUUUGCAAUGUAGACAAUUUUAAUAGAAAAUUCAAAACCUCUACUGUAAUCAGAAUAUUGUAACUUAUAAAUACUUUAAUAAGUACAUCUUCGAGGUAGGAGUUAAGAAAAGACAAACAAAAAGAGAGAAAGAGAAAAAAGCAUUUUUUUGUUGUGAUCUCACGGCCUUGUAUGGUUAACAGAGAUAUUAAAUCCAACUGUUACUAUUUAUUUUGUAUACUAACGAAUAUAAUCGUAAUUCUAUGUGUGAAAUGCUCGUUUAGAUGUCACUAUAAUUUCCAUUACAGAAGCAGGGACACAAACGAUUGUAAAGUUAAUAUCAAUUAUCAAUGAUCACUGUGCAAAGUAACAUACCUAAGAUAAAUAAUAAACAACUUGGUCUCUUUAUUUAUUAAAAUUUACACUGGUCUUUAUUAAUACCUUUAAAUAUUGUAUAAUAAGAAACAAUAAAAAAGUAUUGUAUUAUAAGUUCAAUUAGAAUAUAGACGAUGCUCACGUUUCUUUUUAAUAUUAUUCUUUCGUAUUAUGCAUUUUUUAAAUUAAGUGUAUAAAUCAAAAGAUAAAUUAUAAGUUCUUAAUUAAGUGUCUAUUUUUGUAGUUCAAAAC